AUGGCGUCUUUAUCGUCUAUCAUUUCAAAACACUUGAUUUUAAUGAUAUUUAAGUGUUUAACUGCUGAACAAGUUUUAGACAAACAAAACGAAGAUUUCGAUUUUGAUGGAUUACCUGGAGUUACAUACGAAUUCAAAAUAGAAGUUUAUUCUGGACGAGAACAGUGUUUUUACCAAAAAAUAGCUAACGGAGCAACUCUUCAUUUAUCUUUUGAGGUUUUACGUGGUUCUGAUAAAUUGGUUGAUGUAGUGAUAUGGGAUCCUAACAAUAACCAAGUAGAUGCGAAACAUUCGGUAACAAGUGGCUAUUUUGAGAACAAAAUUACAUUUGAAGGAAUAUAUACGAUAUGUAUAGAUAACUUUGUUAGCAGAAAUAUGUAUGGUUCGAAGUUGAUUUAUUUUUACAUGAUGACGUAUGUAAUGAGCGACUGGUACCAAUAUCAAAAGGAAAUUAACAGUGUCAGUUCAACCGUUACUUAUUUUACUAGGACAGUCACAUCCGUUCAGAAUUCGAUCGAAGCAGUCAAACAACACCAAACCCAUAUAAGAAUGAAUGUGAUUAAAGACAACUAUUUCAUCCGCGGAAAUAACGACUAUAUUAGUUGGUGGUCAAUUUUUCAAAUUUCCGUUAUCGUUUGCACUUCCGGUUUCCAGGUUUUUUGUGUAAGAAGACUUUUUAGAAUUCCACAUGUUACAAGAAAACCUAGUGGGUAAAACAAAAGAACAAUAUUUAUUAUGUUAGAAGUUGUUUUGAACAUAAUAUUUUACAUGAGUGUGUAACUACAACUGAUAGUACAAAAAAGACGAUAAACAAUAUAAAAAUUAUAGAAUUGAAUUAAUACCAACGCUCGCCAAACGACUAAACAAUAACAUAUGGAGGAAACUGAAAAAUAGUACCGUUGUUGAUUUUUUGUAAUAAUUGAAUUAAAAAAAAUCGCUCAA